AUGACAACUGCAGCAGAAGGUCAUAGUGUAGUCAAGAGGUUACAAAAUGAACUUGUACAAUUGAUGAUGUCCCCAACCCCGGGACUAAGUGCUUUCCCUGCUAGUGAGGAUGAUCUGACUCAGUGGUUUGGUGUCAUUGUGGGUCCAGAAGGUACACCUUACGAGAACCUCAAGUUUAGGCUAUCACUUAAGUUUACGGAUCAGUACCCUUACCAACCGCCAAAGGUUACAUUUGUAAGCCCGAUGUGGCAUCCCAAUGUGGACAUGAGUGGGAAUAUAUGCCUGGAUAUUUUAAAAGAUCAAUGGUCUGCAGUUUACAACGUACAGACUAUAUUACUCUCACUACAGGCACUAUUGGAAGAGCCAAACAAUGGAUCACCUUUGAAUGCGAUAGCUGCAGAACUUUGGGAUACUGAUAUGGAUGAGUAUAAGAAAAGGCUCUUUGCUCGAUACGAAGAGUUCGAAGAGUAA